AUGUGCGAGUUCUUCACGCGUCUGAUUGAAAUCAUGCUAGACAGCGAGCCGAAUUUGGUCAACUUGAGGUCAAUCGCAAAACUGUAUGAGCAAAAGUAUGACGUGGAAUUCAACGCUGAGUAUCGCAUAAUACAGGACAAAGUGUUGAAAAGGUCUCGGAGCACGAUAUACAUCGAUAGCAGUGGGUACUUACACCUAAACAAAGAAGAUGUUGAUGUCAAACGUAUAAUGACGGAGAGACUCGUUCAAGCGUCAUUGGAUGCAGACAUUGAUAGUGAUUCCUUUGAGUCUCCGACAUCCUCGUCAAGUGAUCGUUACAUGGGAAAUCCCGAGGCAUUGUUCAAUCGAUCUUACCAUGGACGCACUAGAGCCGACAAGGAGGACUUGAGUGACCUGGCGGGUGCUAAAUUGCAUGAGGAACUCGUGCGUUUUCAAUCAUAUCACCCAUAUACAUGUGGAGGUCAACGUCUCUAAGA